AUGGACGCACCAACGAUUGUGCCCUCGUUUGCCAGUGCCGCACUGCCCUUUGCGCCGUUCUGCACUCUGUGGAUUCCAUCUUCUGCACGUCUGCUGGCACUGGGCUGCCGGCAAGACGGGAGUGCAUCGCUGGGGGCUCUCCACCUCUACAAGCUGGAGAUGCCGGCAGACUCUGGGCAACUGCGACUCCUGCUGGACGCCGCCAAGCAGGCCGGAGGGAAGACGACCACUGGCCUUAGUCGGGCGGGCCUGAAAUGCGGCACCUUCGAUCUCAGCACACCAAGCGGGCGGCUCCUCGCGGUAGGCGAUUUCGAGGGGCGCGUGAGCGUGUGGGACGUCGAGCGUCUGCAAGGGGAGCGCCCCUUGCAGACGCUCUUCACAAUAGAGGGCGGCCACGAUCAAAUCGUCAACUCGAUCGACGCUACUCCACAUCUCCUUCUCACC